CAGGUUGUUAAUGACUGUGCCUUCAUUCAUGUACCCGGUUAACAAACAGUAAGCAUGAAUCAGAAAUGGAGGGACAGCAGUAUAUACAAGAAACAAGGAUGUCUGGACAGCAGGACUCGAACAUCCAACAACUGAAAGAGGCCCUCCAAUACUUUAAGAAUGUUGAUAGUAAGGUCUCGGUGAAGGGAAACCUUGUUUUAUCUGCGCACCUUACUUCGGUAGAGGAUUUCGGCAUGCAGAAUGGCAUUCCUCCAGAUGGUGUUGAUGUAUUGCUUGAACUGGCUCUCAGUGGGAAACUAGCGGACUCCGUCAACACCAGGCUCUUGAAGUGCUUGCUACCUGCAAGUGAAGUCCUACAGAGCAGUAUUAUUAAGGGGGUUUCAUUGUUCUGCGCUGCAAAAUGUUCAGCCAGUGUUCAGAGCCUGUUCAUUCGCUGGCUUAUUUCCGUGUUUGAUCUCAUUCCAUGCAAGGAUGCACUUUCUUCGCUCUACAACUUUUUCUUUUACUAUCUACAGGAUGAGAAGUUGUGUCCCUAUCUAUGUCACCUGCUUUAUCUGAUCACCAAGAAAGAUCAUGUGCGUCCUUUCAGAGUCCGGAAACUAUUAGAACUCCAGAGUCGGAAGGGGCUAUAUCCUCCUCUUAUCGGCCUCCUCUCCUUGUAUAAAAUAUUUUGCCCAGAGAUGGUUUUGGUCUCUCUGCCAAGUAGAGUUAAGAACUAUUUCAAGAGCUCACACCUGCUGUGGACUUCAGAGCUGAGGGCAGUGACAAGGAGGAAUGCAGGACAUCCAACUAUGGAUCAUAUUUUGAAUGUAGGGGGCAAGGAACAUCCAUUAGCCAAUUCCCGUAAAAGGAAAUGGAACAGUAAACUCCCACAGUCUGCAUGCAGUGAUGUUUGGAGUGCUGUGCCUUUUAUCGAUAACCAUCUGAUGUCCUCUAAUCAGGUUUUUCCUUUAGAGAAACUGCAGACUUUCACACAGCUACUGGAGAACAUCCACCAGCUUGAGCUUCCAGCACAGAUGGGUUCUGUGUUAAAAAACCCCCUCCUGUUGCAUUAUGUAAACUGCAUCAAAGAUGAUACUCUGUUUUUGAGGCUAAAUUACUGGUUGGCGUUCACGCUGCAUGAAGAAUGCUCCUGGUUUUUGGGAAAGAAGCAUAAUGAAGAAGUAGAGGUGUUUCUUGAGACAGUUGUUAAAACUCAGAAAUUUUUACAGGAAGGGCUUUCAAGCACUGAAGAAUUCCUCUACAAGUAUCUUCCGCAUUGGAAUGGCUCUCUUCGUUCACAAAUCCUCAAACUUAUCACCUGGAUUCCAAUUAACUCUUCUUCAGAGUUGGAAAUGUUGCUGUAUGAACCACUGGCUCAACUUUUUGCCGGAUCCACUUUGUUUUUCAAGUGCAGUGUGCUUGAGAGUAUGAAGGGGUUGUUGCAAAACUGGCUUGUCUGGCAUUCAGUGUGUGCUGAAGAAGUGCAUUCAAACGGGGCAAACAAUCAUACUAUGUCUGGAUUGCUGACUGCAAUUGAAGAUCUGAUACAGUUCACUGGGCGCUUGUGCACUCUUGGGCUCCAGAUCCAGAGCAGCUCUCUUCUCCUUCAUUUUAUACUGGAUUUCUAUGAGAUAGUCUGUGACAUGUACACACAAUUUGAUUUACCCCUGGUUGUCCUUCCACCUCCGGGAGUGUUUUACCCAGCUUUGCUUAGUACAGACUCCGUGAACCUUGACAGACUUUGCUACAUCAUGUACAGGUACAGGACCAACUUGGUAACUGUAAAAGAUAAUGAACGACACAAAAGGGGAAAGAUUUAUCUGAACAUCAGCAGUCAAACAUUCCAGGAGUAUAAUCGGUACCUAACAGCUAUGGUUGGUUGUUUGUGGACCUCACAAGCAUUUCUUCAGGACACUCAUCCUCAGGGCAUCCGGCUAGAGCAAGAGGUGCUGGCAAGUACCGGUGUUCCCUACUACAAGAAAGCAUUCAACAUAGUCUACCACCCUGCACUCGUAGGCUAUUCAUCCAGCUUCCUGCAUCAGAGGUUUCCAGAAGACAGAAUGUUUCAGCUCCACCUAAUAAAGGGUCAACGUUGGAAUACAUAUUUGGAUUUUCUCUACAGUGAAGGAAUGAAUGGCCUAAGACUAUUUAUUGAAAGCAGUGUUAAUCGCGUGUCUAGCAGCAGCCAACAGGAACCCAGUGAUCUUGCUUUAUCUCAGCCUUAGUCUUAUCUGUGCAAUUACACGUCCAAAUCUUCUGUACCAUGAAUAAUUACUGGGGAUAUUUUAAUACAUUAUUUAUAU